CAGCCUACAAACUGAGGGGAAAGCAGAGAAGAAUCUAGAAGAGAAGCGUGUGUGGAUAGAAGGUGAGAGGACACACGUGUUAGCAGGAAGAGAUCGGGAUGAAGGGACUGCACAUUAAGUUAUCCAUCUCUUUGAUGUUCAUUGUCCUCUGUUUGGGAAGCCUGCUGAUCACUGCCUUCUGGAUUGUGGACAACAGCAAUAUUGAAACUCAUGGACCACCUUCACCCAAGAAAAUCCCCCGAUGGCCCUCUGACCUCUGUGCAGGAUGCAGGGCGCUCAUCGAAAAAGUAAGAGGCGGCUACUCAAAACCUUGGAAGAAGCAAAAAGACAUUUCCCAAAAACUCAGCUCUCAGCUGAGAAGUGAGUGCCAUGGUUUUGACAGUGCCAUCAUUACACAGGCCAACACUCCAGUGGGAUCAAAUAUUUUGUUCUCUCUAGAAGGGAAAAAGACCCUACGAGUGACCCCGGAGAUUUUCAGCACCUUUUCAAAGGAAAAUCUGUUUCAAAAUAAAAAAUGGGACACGUGUGCUGUUGUUGGGAACUCAGGGAUUCUGAGCAACAGCAGCUGUGGAGAGAUGAUCGAUUCAGCUCAGUUUGUUAUCAGGUGCAACUUGCCUUCUUUGAGAAAAAGCUAUGAAAAAGAUGUUGGCAUGAAGACUGACGUUGUGACAGCAAACCCAUCCAUCAUAUGGAAAAAGUACGGGGAUCUAGAAAGGCGUCGGCGUCCAUUUGUUGAGAGCCUGCGUAUCUACGGCAAGUCCCGUCUGCUUCUUCCUGCCUUCACCUUUGCUCGUGACGUUCCUAGAAGCCUGCGAGCCGUAUACACUGCUGAGGACUUUGAAAGUCCUAUGUGGCCUGUUUUCUUAAACCCUGACUACAUAAGAAAUCUGACCCUCUUCUGGCGCUCCCGAGGCCAGCGCAAAGGUGCUCUCAGCACCGGCCUUAAGAUGGUUAGCCUAGCACUCGAACACUGUGCCAACGUGCAUCUGUACGGGUUCUGGCCCUUCAGUAUCCACCCAUUUGAACUCAAUGCCGUGAAUAACCACUACUUCGAUAACAACAAAGCUAGCUGGAUACUCCACGCCAUGCCAGAUGAGUUUGACCUCUGGUUGCAGCUACACAUUCAAGGGGUGCUCAGGCUUCAUCUUGGAAAGUGUCAACCGGGUACCAAUUAGUUCCCUGAACCACAGACAACUGACACGGGAGCGGCAAAGUGUUGUGUUUGCAUUGUUGGAAACUUUGAAAACAUACAUUUGCAAGCAAUUUUUUGUUUUGUUUAGAUAUAGCAAAGCUACCCUUA